GGGGCGGCGGCGGCCGGCGGUGCGCGCUGUUCUCGUCGGCGGCGGACGGGACCGGGCGGAGGACGCCGGACACCGGACAGCCGCGAGCGCCGCCGGCUGGUGGGGCGUGACCGCAGGUCUCCGGGAAGCCGUGGGGUCCAGCAAGUCUCCCAUCGCUGCAGCGCCUGCCUGACACGGUCGUCCUGCCUGGGCCCCUCCACAGAGGCAUCGCCAGGGAAGGGGGCCGAGAUGUCCAACCCCUUCCUGAAGCAAGUUUUCAACAAGGACAAGACCUUCCGCCCCAAGCGCAAGUUUGAGCCGGGCACCCAGCGCUUCGAGCUACACAAGAAGGCACAGGCGUCGCUGAAUGCCGGGCUGGACCUGAAGCUGGCCGUGCAGCUGCCCCCGGGCGAGGACCUCAACGACUGGGUGGCCGUGCACGUGGUGGACUUCUUCAACCGCGUCAACCUCAUCUACGGCACCAUCGGCGACGGGUGCACGGAGCAGUCCUGCCCGAUCAUGUCGGGCGGCCCCAAGUACGAGUACCGCUGGCAGGACGAGCACCAGUUCCGCAAGCCCACGGCGCUCUCGGCCCCCCGCUACAUGGACCUGCUCAUGGACUGGAUCGAGGUGCAGAUCAACAACGAGGAGCUCUUCCCCACCCACGUCGGCACGCCGUUCCCCAAGAACUUCCUGCAGGUGGUGAAGAAGAUCCUGUCCCGGCUGUUCCGCGUCUUCGUGCACGUCUACAUCCACCACUUUGACCGCAUCGCGCAGAUGGGCUCCGAGGCGCACGUCAACACCUGCUACAAGCACUUCUACUACUUCGUCAAGGAGUUUGGCCUCAUCGACACCAAAGAGCUGGAGCCACUGAAAGAGAUGACCGCGCGGAUGUGCCACUGAGAGCCCCUCGGCCCCGUGGUCACUGAGGCACUGCCCAGGAGACACGCUUGAGGGCCGUGUCUCUGGAACAUGGACCCAUACUUUCUAGAAAGCCCCGACAGUGAGCGAGCUCGGCGCCGUGGGUCUGCACGCAGCCACCCUGAGCCUGACUCCUUGGCAGGCAUCGAACUUGAACUCCAUGGUUCUAUGUGUGGAGCUCCUGGGAGAACCCACUUUGUGAACCACUUGCACUUGCCCCGUGGACCCACUGGACUGGCCGCCACAUGCAGCCGGUGACCCUGUGUCUGCUUUGCGACGCCCACAACGACCUCGCACCUGCUCCCCAGCUUCCCUGAGCCCCGUCAUGGAUCAUGAACGAUUGGGGUUUUCUCCCUGUGAGCCCCCCUCCCCCUCCUGAAUACACGGGGUGACUCUCCUGUCGGACCCUCUCCCAGGCUGCAGUCUUUACAAUUUUGCCAAAUAUUUAGCUGGAGUCAGCCUUCCUGCAGAUGCCUGACAACGUGAUGUGGAAGCCGUGUGUUUGCGUGGCCCUGUGUGGGGACGGGACCCCAGCCCCAGCACCGUCUCCCGUGGACACUGGGGCGGUGGCCAGGGCUCUGCCUGGGGCCGCACGGAAGUGACCACAGGAGCCCCGUCCUGCCCGUGCCUCCUCCCCGCCCGCACGCAGCGUCCUCAGUGGCCUUUUGCCGAGGCAGCCCUUCCAGUCUGGACUGCACCGGCUCCGAGUACCUCUGGGUGCGUGGGACGCUCGCAGGGGCGAGGGUGCCAUCACCCAACACCAAGCAAGUGCAAUUAACGUGACCUUGGCCUCGGUCCUUCUAGAAAGCCCCGGGUCCAGCUGGAGGAGGCCCAGCGAGGCAGCCCCCCCAGGACCCGAGAUGACCGUCUGAUUGAAUGUAGUCAAUGCAGAACCUCGGCCGAGCACCGCAACCACUGUGUCCCGGGGCUGCAGGCUGUCCCCGCGGCCCAGCGGGUCGGGGAAGGUGGCGGGGACUCUCCCCACCCUCCCUGCCCACGGGUGUUCCCGCGCGAGCAUCAGAAUAAAUUGCCGCCUUUGUACCUGG